AUGCCUGCAUUGCUGACUGCACAGAAUUGCCGUGACAACAUACACCUCGUUGUUGGUGCAGGUCCUCUGGCUGCUUCGAGAUGCACAAAGUCGCUCGAAGUAGGUGCACGACCUAUACUCAUCGCGCCGGAGCACGAUGACAUUCACUUUAGCUUGGCUAAGCGAGUCGAGGACGGCAGCGUGAUUUGGACCAAGAAGGACUUCGAGGACUCAGACCUUACAACGCUAGGAAGAGAAGAGGUGGACCAUAUCGUUGACGCAGUCUUUGUUAGUACCGGCUCGAAACAUCCGUUGAGUAUCCGAAUAUCCAGUUUGUACGGACCACUACAGAUCGGCAUAACGACUUCGGGGCGAGGUUGCAAGCUUGCUUCACGAAUACGAAGAGAGAUCGCCACACUAUUACCUAGAGAUUUUGGUGCAGCUGUCGAUAGAUUAGGCACGAUCCGCAGAAAGAUUUGGGAGGAAGAUAAGCUCGCAGAGCUACGGCAAGGCCAAGAAAAUACACAGCUGGAAGAGGAGGAUGAAGAGACAGAGAACCAGAAACAUACUUUCAAUACCCUUGUGAAAGAAGCCGAACCAGACCCAGAGCUUGCGCGAACAAGACGCAUGCGGUGGCUGUCACAGAUAUGUGAAUACUGGCCGCUAAAAAGACUGGCAGCUAUCAGCGACGAUGACAUCGCUGGAAUCCUCAAUGCAUACAGACGCAAUUCACACAGCCAUCAGCAGUCAGUUCAGCAGGCUGUCGAGGCAAUCAAGGCAAGGAAAGGGACGAUCACACUCGCAGGUUCGGGUCCUGGUCAUGCAUCGAUGUUAACAGUUGCGACUCAUGAGGCGAUCAAGAAUGCGCACUACAUUCUAGCCGACAAACUUGUUCCUGCUGAGAUCUUGGAGCUUAUACCACGCAGGACACCAGUCCACAUUGCGCGAAAGUUUCCUGGCAACGCCGAUGCUGCUCAGGACGAAAUGCACGAGCUUGCCUUGGCUGCCAUGAAAGAAGGCAAGGACGUUCUAAGGUUGAAACAGGGCGACCCUUACCUUUAUGGCCGUGGUGCAGAGGAAGUUGUGUUUUUCCGAGAACGUGGCUUCCAGGUACGAGUUCUGCCUGGUAUCACGAGCGCACUCUCAGCUCCACUCUUUGCGGGAAUACCUGUGACACAUCGCGCCGUGGCUGAUCAGGUCGUCAUAUGCACAGGAACAGGUAGGAAAGGCGCAGCACCUGAACCACCGUCCUACAGGAAGAGCAAGACUGUUGUGUUCCUGAUGGCGCUGCACAGGCUGGAUGCUCUGAUCAACAGUCUCACUGGUGGCAAGGACACUGUCAACGUACGAAAACCUUGGCCUAAGACCACGCCUUGUGCAGUCAUCGAGCGAGCUAGCUGUCCUGACCAGCGGGUCAUCAGAUCUACGCUGGAACAUGUAUGUCGGGCAAUAGAAGUGGAGGGUUCACGACCGCCUGGCUUGAUAGUGGUUGGCGCGGCUUGUGAAGUCCUGCAUCAGUUGGGGUCGGACAAGCAGUGGAUCGUGGAGGAAGGAUUCAAAGGGCUAGACCAAACACCGGACGGAAUGAAUGAUCUUGUUGCACUGCAGGAAGUACGAGAUCAGUCACUGCUUGAGGAUAUACAAGCAAAAGUUGAGGCAAAGUCCGAGGUGGUUUCAGACGUGUCAAUGCCGGUGCCCACAGUCACAGAUUCACGGAUUUCGAGUUGA